ACCGGAGAGGGGGUGAAGAGGGAAGCUCACAAAAACAACUUGCAAGCAGCGGGCGCGGCUCCACUGCGCAUCUGGCAAGAAGGGGUCUCCCGGUCAGUGUCCGGGCAGCCUCCCAUGGCCACGGUUUCUAGAAGGCAAGACAGUGGGGUGCGUUUUUUUGCCUAGCCGCCCUGCUUUGGGUGGGAUUAACUGGUGAAGACACACACCAGCCUAGCAACACCUCCUAAGCAACCAGAGAGAUCUGCAAAGAAAGAAGCUCAGGAAGAGAAAAGGUCUCCAAGGAGCCCUGUUUCUCAGGGUUCUUGCAGGGGCUGGAGACCCUUCCCAUGAUGGCAAGUAGUGCGAAGUUAGAAAUGUCUUCACCAGAAUCCAAGGAUCUUGUGCCCUUUACUAGAGAGUCUCUUGAACAGAUUAAACAGCAUAUUGCUAAAAAACAUGGUGAGGAACACAAAGAAGAUUUAAAGCCAAAUGAUAAUUUGAAAGUUGGAAAAGAGCUUCCAUUGGUUUAUGGAACUCUUCUUCAAGAAAUGGUAUCUGAGCCCUUGGAAGAUGUGGAUCCAUACUACAAGGAUAAAAAGAUUUUUAUGAUUUUGAAUAAAAACAGAACAAUCUUCAGAUUCAAUGCCUCCUGGUGUACAUUGUCUCCUUUCAGUCCAAUUAGAAGAACAGCUAUUAAGAUAUUGGUACAUCCCUUAUUUCGACUGUUCAUUUUAAUUAGUGUCCUGAUCGACUGCACAUUUAUGACUAUGACUGGCGGGCCAGAAUGGCUACUAACAUUACACAAAACUUUGCUUGGAAUUUACGUUUUUGAAAUAAUUAUAAAAAUUGCAGCAAGAGGCAUCGGGCUAGGAUCUUUCUAUUUCUUUGGUGAUCCAUGGACCUGGCUUGAUUUCAUCAUAACUUUGAUUGAAAUAGGAACAUAUGCAUCUCAUGGAUUCUUUUCAGUAUUCAUAGUGAUGAGAAAUUUGAGAAUUUUGAAAAUCAUUCCCUUAAACCAAGGUAUUAGAUCUUUUGUAGAGAUCCUGAAUAAAUGUGUGAGGAAUCUUAGAGCUGUCAUUAUCCUAAAUCUGCUUUUUCUGCACAUAUUUUCUAUAAUUGGGAUGGAUUUCUUCAUGGGUCAGCUUAGGCAUAAAUGUUUGCGGUGGCCUCAAGAAAAUGAAACUGAAAGCCUACACAACAAAACUGGAAGCCUAUAUCGUAUUCGAGUAACAGAAAGCUUUUAUUAUUUGGAAGGAGAAACAUCUGCCCUCCUUUGUGGUAACACUUCAGAUGCUGGUCGGUGUCCUGAGGGAUUUGUGUGUGUUCGAGCAGGCGAUAAUCCUGAUUAUGGAUACACAAAUUUUGACAAUUUUUUCUGGGCCUUCCUUGCCAUCUUUCGUUUAAUGACACAAGAUUAUCCUGAAGCACUUUAUCAUCAGGUACUUUAUGCUUCAGGAAAAUCCAACAUGGUAUUUUUUAUUGUGGUAAGUUUUUGGUUUGCUUUUUAUUUGGCAAGUUUGUACUUGGGCAUAAUUGCUAAGACAUGUAAAGAAGAAAUGGAGAAAACUGCUGAAAGCGCUAAGAUGGUUGGAGCAAAAUUUCAUCAGACCUUAAAAGAUCAUCAAGAAGAAAACGAAGGCUCUGAGACCAAGAGCACACAAAUAGAAAUGAAGAACAGAUCUUCAGCUUCUGUGGUCACUACUUUGGAUAUGAGUAGUGUGGAUGAUGCUACUCUUCAACAUGAAGGGGAAAUCAAAAAAUCCAGAAAGGGAUGCCCAUUGUAUUGGUAUAAGUUUGCCAAAACAUUUUUGAUCUGGGACUGUUCUCCCUGUUGGAUAAAAUUAAAAAAGUUUACCCAUAAGAUUAUAAUGAACCCAUUUACUGAUCUUUUUCUUGCCAUAUGCAUAAUUGUAAACAUAUAUUUUUUGGCUUUGGAACAGUAUCCAAUGAGUGAUGAAAUCAACAAUAUUCUAAGUAUUGAAAACCUGAUUUUUCUUGGAAUUAUAACAGCAGAAAUGAUUUUUAAAAUAAUUGCUAUGCAUCCAUAUGGAUACUUUCAAGUACGCUGGAACAUUUUUGAUUGCCUGGUCGUGUUCAUUGGUUUAGCAGACCUUUUUCUAGCCAUUAAUUCUGGUUUGCCUAUUUUUCUAAUAUUAAGGCUGUUGCAAAUUUUCAAGGUGGGAAAAUAUUGGCCGACAUUUCAGCUUUUGAUGCGCACUCUUAAGAAGUCAUUGAUGGCCUUGAAAGACUUGAUCCUUCUAUUGUUUGUGUUCAUGUUCUUUUCUGCUGUUAUUGGCCUGAAGUUCUUUGGUUCUAGUAACCAAAGUUCUAGCUGCAACAUAAAUAUAGACUGCCAACACCCACGCUGGCACAUGAAUGAUUUUUUGCACUCCUUCAUGAAUGUGUUCCGGAUUCUUUGUGGAGAGUGGAUAGAAACUUUAUGGGACUGCUUUAAUUUUGUAAACAUACCGUUUUGCCUUUCUUAUUACAUGAUGAUAAUUUUAAUUGGAAACUUAUUGCUAUUUUACCUGUUUAUGGCGUUGGUGAUCUCAUUUACCUCAUAUAAGGCUGCUGCAACUGAAGUCAAUGAUGAAACAAAAAAUCUCCAACUUGCAAUGGCCAAGAUUAAGAAAAGAAUAAACUAUGUGCUGUCUAAAUUAUUAUGCAAGAAUCAAAAUCCAUCAAAGAAGGCAAUGGACAAUGUAAAUGAAGUGUAUGUUAAGGAGAAUAUUUCUGGUCAUACCCUUUCUGAAUUGAGCAACGCCCCAUCUUUCCUCAAAGAUAAGGAUAAAGGCAGUGACACAGAGAAAAACACCAUGUCUCAAAAUGAGAGUCAAUCACUUAUUCCCAGUCCUAGUGUCUCAGAAACUGUACCAAUUGCUUCAGGAGAAUCUGAUAUAGAAAAUCUGGAUAAUAAGGAGGUUCAGAGCAAGUCAGGUGAUGGAAGCAGCAAAGAGAAGAUAAAACUAACCAGCUCAUCUGAAUGCAGUACAGUUGAUAUUAUUCUCUCUGAAGAUGAAGAAAUGCUCAAUGAACAUGAAUUAGCAAAGCGUCUUAAAAGUUAUGGACAGCAGUCUUCACCAGAUCAAAUCAAUAAAGACACCAAGAAAGGAAAAAUUUGGAAAAACAUAAGGAAAACCUGUUGCAAAAUAGUAGAAAAUAGUUUUUUUAAGUGGUUUAUUUGCUUUGUCACUUUGAUCAGCACAGGUACACUGGCUUUGGAAGAUAUUUAUAUUGACCAGAGAAAGACUAUCAAAAUCUUACUAGAAUAUGCUGACAUGAUCUUCACUUAUAUCUUUAUUUUGGAAAUGCUUCUGAAGUGGAUGGCAUAUGGAUUUAAAGCCUAUUUUAAAAAUGGCUGGUACAGACUAGACUUUUUGGUUGUCAUUGUAUUUUGUGUUACCUUAAUAGGCAAAACUCGAGAAGAUCUCAAACCACUUGUUUCUAUUAAAUUCCUUCGGGCACUCAGAGUUCUAUCUCAGUUUGAAGAAAUGAAGGUGGUUAUCAGAGCUUUGCUAAAAACAACUUUACCCAUUUUGAAUGUGUUUUUGUUCUGCCUAAUGAUUUGGCUGACUUUUAGUAUCAUGGGUGUAUACUUAUUUGCUGGCAAGUUUUAUAAAUGCAUAAACCCCAAAAAUGGGAAAAUAUAUCCUAUAUCUGAUGUCAUGAAUAAAAGUCAAUGUGAAAGCCUUAUGUUUAAUGAGACAAUGUCAUGGAAGAAUGCAAAACUGAACUUUGAUAAUGUUGGAAAUGGUUUUCUUUCACUGCUUCAAGUAGCAACAUUUAAUGGAUGGAUUGAUAUUAUGAAUUCAGCAAUUGAUUCCAGGGAUGAAGAAAUGCAGCCUUUCUUUGAAAAUAAUAUAUAUAUGUAUUAUUACUUUGUUAUCUUCAUUAUUAUUGGAUUAUUUCUCCCUCUGAGUAUGCUGACUGGUGCUAUUGUUGCUAAUUUCGAUAAGCUUAAGAUAAAGCAGGAAGAUUCACAAAUCUUUAUAACAGUAGGACAGAAAAAGCAAUACCGUUCAUUGAAGAAAUUGAUUCAUGAGGACUAUGAAAAACCAGUACCUCGUCCACGGAACAAAUUUCGAGGUUUGAUUUUUGACUUGGUAACAAGUCAAGCUUUUAACAUCAUUAUUAUGGUUCUUAUCUGUGUCUACACAAUAAUAUGUAUGACAGAAAGCUAUGAUCAGAGUAUAAAAAUGGAUACUGCUAUAAUGUGGAUUAACUUAAUUUUUAAUUUGUUAUACUUUGGGGAAUGUGUGCUGAAGAUCAUCGCUUUCCAAUCCUACUAUUUCACUAGUAGAUGGAAUAUUUUUGAUUUUAUGGUAGUCAUUCUCUCCUUCAUAGGUAUAUUUGCAGCAGAUGUAAUAGGUCUGUAUUUUGGAUUUUUGAAUCUGGCACUUUUGUCGAGGAUUCUCCACGUCCUGCGUCCCACAAGAGGACCAAAAGUUUUAAAUCAGCUUCUGCAUCCUUUGCUACUAUCUCUCCCUGCACUGUUGAACAUCAGUUUUCUCAUCUUUCUGGUCAUGUUUGUGUAUGCAAUUUUUGGAAUGUAUAAUUUUGCGUAUGUUAAAAAGGAAGCUGGAAUUAAUGAUGUGUCAAAUUUUGAGACUUUUGGCAGUAGUAUGCUCUGCCUUUUCCAAGUUACAAUAUUUGCUGGCUGGGAUGGGAUGCUCAAUGCAAUGUUUAACAGUAAUUGGUCUGACUGUGAUCCUGAUAAAAUAAAUCCCGGGACUCAAGUCAGAGGAGAUUGUGUGAACCCCUUGAUUGGGAUUAUUUAUUUUGUCAGUUACAUUCUCAUAUCAUGGUUGAUCAUUGUAAACAUGUACAUUGUUUUUGUUAUGGAGUUUUUAAAUAUUGAUUACAAAAAGAAGGCCAGAACAUUGAGUGAAGAUGAUUUUAGAAGAUUCUUUAAAGUAUGGAAGAGAUAUGAUCCUUAUAGGACCCAAUACAUAGACUCUAGCAAGCUUUCAGAUUUUGCAGCUGCUCUUGAUCCACCUCUCUCUAUAGAAAAACCAAACAAGGGCCAGCUGGUUGCCAUGGACCUUCCCAUGGCUGCUGGGGACAGAAUUCAUUGCCUUGAUAUCUUACUUGCUUUGACAAAGCGAGUCAUGGGUCAAGAUGGGAAAGUGGAAAAAGUUCUUUCAGAAAUAGAAUCAGAGUUUAUGUCAGCCAAUCCUUUUAAGAUCACAUAUGAGCCCAUUACAACUACUCUGAAACGAAAACAAGAGGCAGUUUCAGCAACUAUAAUUCAACGUGCUUAUAAAAGUUACCGUCUGAGACAAAAUGACAAAAAUGCAUCAGGUAUAUCAGGUAUUCAUAUGAUAGAUGAUGACAGGAAAGUCCAAACUACCAAGGAUGAUGCUUGUUUGGACAACAUUGAGGAAAAUGCAGCUAUUCAAAGUCAGAUUUAAUUGCAUUUAACCUUUACUAUCUUCAGAUCUCCCUUAAAUGUUAAAAGUAUAAAUAAGAAAUAAAAGCAAGAUGAGAGCAACUAAAGAUUUUAGUAAAGAGCAUUGCAACUCAUGAAAGUUGAACUUAUUUAUAAGUCUCCAUGUCAAAUUUAUGUUUUGUUCUUUUAUACGUAGUCAAAACAAAACAUACUCCUAUCAAAAUAACUUCUUAAUUUCUUCAGUGAGUCAGAGUGAGUUAAAAUUGCUUGUGGAUAACGCAAUUCUUGCUUUUCUGACCUAGAUAGGUUGUGUCUUUUCUGAAGCAUGGCACAGUUGGAUGUGUAAAAAAGGCU